AUGGCGGAACGGGCCGCGAUGCGAACCCCUGAACCGCCCGACCGUGACGAACGCGGAGAUUCGCCACCGCGACUGGCGAGACCGAAACGCACCACUCGACCACCGAACAACUACGCUCGUGAGCAGGAAAUUGAUACUGAUCGGCGGAAGACGCGUUCCCAGCAAAAGGAGAGAAUUGAGCUAGGAGACCGGCGUGAUGAGGCAACUUCGGACGACGCUGCGACCGAGCGCGAAGAGCUCGACGUCGGCGGUUUGGUCAGAGAGAUCGCCAAACUCAGGCGAGAGAUCAGACUCCGUGACGAAAUACACAAGGAAGAAAUUCAGAGAACCAGAGAACAGUUCGGUGCCGCCCUCGCGGAGGUCCGACACGAGCUACAGGCCCUGACGAAUAGAAACACGACGCCGCAAUGCCACUCUGAGACGUGCUCUCAGAACAACCACGAUGCGAUCCUGCGCGAAAUCCAGUGCUUACGCGAGGAAAUCAGUGUACCCGUUGUUGCAAGCUCUCCUUCCUACGCAGAUGUCGCGCGCACUCCGCCGUCCAGUUACCCAAGCAACAUACGGACCCUUUCAACGCUGAACACGACGCCCACCACCUUUACGGACACGCUGUAUUGCACGAUAGACACCUCGAAGAUGGCAGACAAAGGGACAGGACUGACCUCCGCAGGAUCGGUCAGAGCAGUGGUUGAGGCAGAGAUGCGGUCAACAGAGGACCACGCGCACUGGCGCUGCCGCGCUGUUACCGUUGACCCGAAAAACGCCAACCGGAUCAGGAUCGCCUGCCGCGAUGAGGAUGAACAGCAGCUGGUCAAGAAGGUUGCAGAACAGAAAAUCGGGGAGGGAGCUCGGGUCCUCCGUGACGAGCUCUACCCGAUCAAAGUCGACAGCGUCAACAAGACUUCCGUGCUAGACGAGAACGGUGAGGUCCGAACCGACGCUGCAGCAGCGUUUAGUGAGGAGAAUGAGGCCACCGUAGCCAAGAUUUCAUGGCUGAGUAGAAAAGAGAGCGAGAAGGCCUACGGUUCAAUGGUGGUUUACCUGACCAAACGCAUCGACGCGCGAAGGCUCUUGGCCGACGGAUUUUUCCACGCGGGGGGAUAA